AUGUCUCCCGACGGAAGCGUCACGCUCGAACCUAUUCGGGAGAAGGAUAGGGAACAAAAGAAAAUGGAAAUUAAGAUGGCUGGUAUCAAAGUUUUCCGAUUCAUUAAUGUUGAACCUUCUUUGCUUGGGCUAUAUAUACUUGGGAGUCCACACAGGGUAGAAUUAACCUGCCUUUACCCCUCGCUUAUUGCUCUGCACAAUUCCACCCAUGAAAAGGAGAAGGAGGAAAAAAUAAGGAAUGGUUGCCUCCGUAUCUAUUUGGGUCAGAGGGUUCCAUUGUCCAGCUGGACAGACAGACAUACAAAUCAGACAGCCAGACAACCAGACAGCGCCGUUGAGGUGCAGAAAAGUUCAAACAUGGUUCCCUUUGACUUGGGCCAAAAGGACCGGCCCAGAAACGGAGUCAGCCGCAGAAACUCGCGUACCGAGUGCACCACGUGUAUGAUUAGCCUAGGAGUCGACAUCCACGGAGGAGUACAUCGUACGUCACUUGGAUUACUUGAAAACUUGAUGCUGCUUUUAAUAUAUGAUCUUGCAUUGUAUCGUUUGCCAGUCCAGUUAUCAUAA